GAUGCAGCGAAGGCGAGAAUUCUCGUUGCCGAGAGCACCACGGAGAUCUCCGGCUGUGUUUUUGGCGACUGCAACAGCCUUCGCAGUCCACGCUUGUGCUCUCCAGGUGGUCAUGUCGAGCCCGCCUGCCGCUGGCGGAUCCUCGCCUGGCGCUGCAUCAGCAACGUCUGCACCAUCCAUCUCCACCACCGCUGGUGCUGUUUCGAGUGUAUCCUCUAGUGAUUCAGCGGCGAAAGGCGUCAUUGAUGGCUUCGCCCCCCGGAAGUAUUCUGCGCCGUGGUGGGCCAAAAACGACCACUUUUCGACUAUCUUUGGCUCAGGCGAGAUACAGAAGCGGUUCGGGGUCAAAGGUCCCGAGGUCGUUUACCGAAGGGAGAGGUGGAACACCCCCGACGGCGACUUCCUCGACGUUGACUUCUUAGACACCCCCGGGGGGGCGGCGGGUGGAGGGCUAGGAGGCUCGGGGGCGCAAGGGGUGCAGCAAGAGCGACGGCAGGGGGCACCGCCACCGGGAGGUGGGCGACGGUUAGCGGCGGUGGCAACAGGAGCGGCGCCGGGCGGUGUUGUGAUUGGAGGGGGAUGCGGCGGUGAGGGAGGAACGGCGGCUACUGUCCCGGCCGGUGACCCCGCUGUUGGAUUCGAAAGAGCCGUCGGCACGGGAGGGGUGGAUGCUUCUACCGCGCCGUUUGCGGUGCUUACUCACGGGCUGGAGUCGACGAGCACGGCACCUCUCACGGCGAAGAUGGCGCUAGCGUACCAGCGGAAGGGGUUCCGGGUGGCAGUCAUGUGCUUCCGGAGCUGCUCGGGCGAGGAUAACCUCACCCUGCGCGCCUACCACCUCGGCUUCACGGAGGACCUCGAGCUUGUCUGCAAGACACUCAGAGCGAGACAUCCCAACAGCCCGCUUUUCCUGUCGGGUUUCAGCUUGGGAGGGAAUGUGAUCACAAAGUUUUUGGGGGAACUGGGCGAUCGCGCGAGGGACAUGGGGAUAAUGGGCGGCGCCGUGACGUGCGUGCCCUUCGACGCCGUUUCCUGCCAGCAGAGAGUCGACACGGGCUUCGGCAAGAUCGUGUACGCGAAGAACUUCCUGAACAGCCUGAUCCCCAAGAUGAUGAGGAAGUCCCUGACGGACCCAAGGGUAGCGGAAGUUAUCGACCUCAAGAGGUUGCAGAGGAUCACAACAAUAGGCGAGUUUGACGACAUGGUGAUCGCGCCGGUGUUCGGCUUCGACGGCUACCAGGACUACUACCGCAAGACGCAGUCCGGGCAGUUCCUCAAGGGCGUUCGAGUGCCCUUCUUAGCUGUACAGGCGAUCAAUGACCCUUUCAUGGACCCGGCAAAGCUGCCAACCGUGGAUGACUUGCAGGGAGCCCCGGUUCGGCUAUCUUACCACGACCACGGAGGCCACUGCGCCUUCCUCACGGACAGCCAGGAGGAGAAUGACAAGGGCUGGCUGGCUACCGAGAUGGCCAGGUUCGGAGAUCACGUUCACCGGCUCAGCAGAACCGAGCCUCCCACGGCAGACUAA